CCUCUUGCCCUCCCCUUGCCCCGUUUUCAUCAUAGUCUUGUGUGCCUGUGUCACCUGGCUCCAGUUGGAAAUGCAAGAAUAAACAGGAAAAUUACUUGCAGCAGAUAGUUUGAGAAUCAUCCCACCUGUUGCCUGCCUGAACCAAGAACCAGAUCCUAGAGGAGGACUGUGCCAUACUAGUUGGUUGCAGAUCUACUGGGAUCCUAAUAUUGAGAGAGAUCUAACAGAUCAAGCAUGAAAUUUUAGAAGAAGAAAGUUAAUGCAUCCUUGGACUCCUGAAGGAAGAGCUUUCCUAAUGGAACCACAUUCAAGGGAGGAGUGAAAACCAGAUUCACAAAGAUCCUGCAUUGACAUUUGAAAGGAAUUUUAUGUGCUUGGUGGAGAUGGAAAAGGAGGAAAAGCAAGCUGGCUUCCUGAAGAAAGAAGGCAGCAAAUACCUAAUGGAACUUUUUUUCUGUGCAACCAUGUUUUGAGUGCUCCUCCUAGACAUUGUCCAUAAAUAUCCUAGAUAUCAGCUGAUUGCUAUGAUUGGAAACCUGUCUCAUCAAACAGUGUACACUGGGAGAAGCCUGUCUAGGAUAAUACAUUUUCUGUUGUUUCUGAAGGUCUCUAAGAAAACACUGUAGACAUCUACCUGUUAUUAACUCUGCAUCUUGAUUGAGCAAAACUAGUCUUUGAAGUGAACAGAAACAGAGCCUUUUUGGAAACUUUUAUUGAACAUGACUCAUGGAGAAGAGCUUGGCUCUGAGAUGCACCAGGAUUCUGUUGUUCUAACUUACCUAGAGGGAUUACUAAUGCAUCAAGCAGCAGGAGGCUCAGGUACUGCAGUUGACAAAAAGUCCACUGGGCAUAGUGGGGAGGAUCAAAACUUUAAGAUUUCAGGAAAUAUAUUUCCCAGCUGUCAGAGUAAUGGUCCAGUUCUUAACACAAGUACAUAUCGAGGAUCUGGCAUGCUGCACCUCAAAAAAGCAAGACUGUUGCAGUCUUCAGAAGACUGGAAUGCAGCAAAGAGAAGGCGGUUGUCUGAUUCCAUUGUGGAUUUAGAUGGAAAAAAGGAAGCUUUGUUGGCUGGCAUGGUUGAAAAUGUGCCUAAAGGCAAACAGGAUAGCACAUUACUUGCCUCUUUGCUUCAGUCUUUCAGCUCUAGGCUGCAGAGCGUUGCUCUGUCACAGCAGAUAAGACAGAGUCUUAAGGAGCAGGGGUAUUCUCUUAGCCAUGAUUCUUUGCAAGUGGAGAAAGAUUUAAGGUGCUAUGGUGUUGCAUCCAGCCACCUGAAGACUCUGCUGAAGAAGAGCAAAGCAAAAGAUCAGAAGCUGGACAACAGCCUGCCUGACAUCACUAAGAACCUGCCCAAAGAGAGGUUUAUAGAGUCUCCUCAUGCGGUGCAGAGCAGCCCUAAGGUGAUGAAUGAGCCCCUGUCGUGUGCUGCAAGAUUGCAAGCUGUUGCAAGCAUGGUAGAGAAACGAUCCAGUCCUGCUGCUUCGCCCAAGCCCAGUGUAGCGUGCAGCCAGCUGGCUUUGCUCCUUUCCAGUGAAGCCCACUUGCAGCAGUACUCCAGGGAACAUGCUUUAAAAGCACAAAAUGCCAAUCAGAUUGCAAGCGAGAGACUUGCAGCGAUGGCCAGGUUACAAGAAAGUGCUCAGAAGGACGUAGGCCAGUUUGGUUUGGCCAAAGGAAUGACAAGCCAUCUCAAUGGUCAAGCAGGAUCAUCCCCCAAAACAGUUGCUAGCAAAGGCAGUAUGGCACCAUUUCAGAGUUCAGUGGGAAUCAUGCACUCACCUCCCAAAACGGUGGGAUGCAAAAGUACUGUGGAAAGGAGUAACCUGAAAACCUCUCCCAGCAACAGUUUGCUCUUACAUCUGCUGAAAAGCCAGAAUACCACCAAGCACAUGAAAGGACGUGAGCAGAGUGAGAGAGCCAGCAUUUUUGAAGACAGCAGCACACCAACAACUGUUGAUGAGUAUUCAGACAACAAUCCCAGUUUUACAGAAGACAGCAGUGAUGAUGAAAGCUCCCAUUCUAACUGUCUUCCUAUAGACCUGUCCUUUAAACAGAGAACAGAUAAACCAGAUGCAGGUCCACCUGCAUCACUGGAUAACCUGACUCAGUCCUUGCUUCGUAACUGGGAUCCAAAAGUUUCCUCUCCAGAGAUCAAGGAAGAGAAAGACACUCCGAAAGCUUCGAAGCUGAAUCCCCACCAGAAAGUAACGCUACUUCAGCUAUUACUUGGGCAUAAGAGUGAAGAGCAGGUAGACAAGAGUAAUGAUCCUCAGGGACCACACAGUACAGCUGAUGUGGCAAAAUUCACUGUACAGACUGGGAAAAGGACUCCUGUUACUGACAGUCCCAGUGCCAACCGAAUGACUCCGUUAAGCACUCCACCCUUGCUGGCUUCUACAAAAGCAGACUCUCCUAUAAAUCUCUCGCACCAGUCGCUGGCUGUCAAGCGCAGCUCGCCACCCUACGCCUGCAGCAUCCAGCCGGACAGACUGAUGAAUUCUGCAUCUAAACACUUGAUAGACCUGUCCAAAAGCAAAGAAAUACAAGGAGCUAAGCUGAGCAGGACCGAUAGUCCCCAGAACUCCUCGGCAUUCAGUGCCAGCAAGCUGCUGCAGAACCUGGCUCAGUGUGGCAUGCAGAGUUCCAUGUCGAGUGAGGAACAAAGAGCUGGCAAGCAGCUGCUGGCAGGGAAUAUGGAUAAACCUGUGGGCUUGAUUGAUAGAUUGAACAGCCCUCUGCUUACGAAUAAAUUGAGUAUGCAUGAAGAAAAUAACAAAAUAUUCUGUUGUCAGCCCGCACCCGCUGAACAAGGACUUCCAGGUUCGGAAAUAGAAAAUCUCCUUGAAAGGCGCACUGUCCUUCAGCUGCUUCUGGGAACUCCCAAUAAAGGUAAAAGUGAAAAGAAAGAGAGGCUGCUUUUAAGAGAUGAAAGUUCUCAAGAACAGACAGACAAGGCUUUGAAUGAGCAAAUAUUGACGGUGAAAAUAAAAACCGAACCAUCUGACGAAUCAAAUGUUCCUUAUAAUUCAAAUGCACAACAAGCAAGAGAAUGCAAGGGUAACAAAUUCCAAGGGUUUGUUCAUUCACUGCAGAGAAACACAGCUGCUUCUCCAGCAUCCGAGGAGGUGAAAUCUGAGCCUCUUUCACCUCAAGAUUUCUCUUUUUCCAAAAAUGGCCUGCUAAGUAGGUUGCUGAGACAGAAUCAAGACAAUUACCCUGCAGAUGAGCUGGACAGGAGUCACCGAAACAAUGAACUGACACACCUUGAAUCCAAGAGUCUUUGCACAGUACCAAAGAAGAGGAAGCUUCAUGCUGAGCCUUUGGAAAGCCCAUUAAAAAAGAUGAAAAGUAAUGUGUCUGAUGCUGGAAACAAUCACGCUUCUCCUACUGAGGCACUGUACGGACCUUUGCUUAACCAGCAAGAACUGAAGUUCAGCAGAAGUGAUGCUGAAUUUAAAUAUGCUGUAAGUCAUGGUUCAAAUAGUGAAACUGAAAAUAGGAGUUGGUCUAGAGAUAGUAAAGGCUUUAAUGUGUUGAAACAGCUGCUUCUCUCAGAAAACUGUGAGAGAGAUCUGUCACAACAUAGGAAUAACAUGCUAACGGAGGGCAAGAAAAAAGGAAACAAAACCAGUGCAACAAUCAAUAAACCUGAAUUCACCAUUUCUUCAGUAAGAUCCUUGGUGGGAAGCCCUGUGCAGCAGAACAAUUGUGUAGAUCACAGAACAUUUCAGUAUCCUGUAGCAGUAAAAAGUCCAGCCAGCUCCCCCUUCCCUGAACAUUUGGGGAGUACGGUGUCCAGACUGGAGUCUGACCAGUUUAGCAUGUGUUCUGUGCCCAGUGAGAAGGGGCCCAUCAGAUGGGUGAUCACGGGCAUGGACAAGAAUGACUAUGAGAAAGACUCUCCAAGACUGACCAAAACCAAUCCAAUAUUGUACUACAUGUUACAGAAAGGCGGCAGCUCUGCCAGCAGCCAAGAAGCACACGACAAAGAAAUUUGGAAUGAACCUUCAUUUACCGAGAGUUCGACUCGUGUUACAAUCAAAGAGGAGUUGACAUCUGACACAGAACUUAAAACUCCUUUUAGUAACUUAAGAAGCCCUUACAACAGCCAUAUGGGGAGUAACACCUCUCAUCAGCAUGGUGGUGUGAAUGGAGAAGUGCAUGGACUUCUGGAAAAAGUGCGAACAAUCAAAAAAGAGCCAGAAUAAACUGCAGCCUCCUCAGUGAGUUUACAAUCAGCGGUUUUGAAUAUUUGUUUAAAAAAAAAAAAAGAAAAAAAAAGAAAAAUGAGUAUGAACUUGACUUACUGUAUAAAUUGAGCAUGAUUUUAAAAAAAAAAAAAAAAAAAGCAUGGUCUAAUUGAAACAUGUUUUCAUUUGAUAAACUUUUUAUUUUUCUGGUGAUGUUAUUUAAAAUACAUGUAGAUAAAAUUUGCUUUACAGUAGAUUGUCACAAGGAAACUAGAAGGGUUGUAAUUUGUACAUGACGUUUCUGUAUGUAUCAGAUUAAGUUAUGAGUACUCUUUGAUCAGAGUCUUAUUUGGAUCUGCAAGCUUUUGGUAUAACAUAAAUUGUAAGCGUACAGCCUAGGUGGUGGUAAUGCUGCGUUUCCUCCCUCCCUGUAAAAUAAUCCUUAUUUUUUUUUUGAAGCCUGAGCAUAGAGACAGUGUACUUUCUUUUUUUUUUUUUUUUUUUUUUGGAAUGUUUUAAUAUGUUUUGUGAAAUUUUAAGAAUAACUUUUAAGAAAUGGAGCAGUCCGUCCAAGGUAUUAGCUUGUCAUAUUGGAAAACCUGCGUCAGUGUUAAUAAUUGAAGUGCACUGAAAUGUAUUUUUUAGUGCUUCCAAAAUUUGUAUUGUUAUUUUUAAAUCUUGUUUGUGGUCCUGCCAGAAUAGUGGCGUAAAAUCUACUUUUCUUCCUUGCCCUGCUUUCAACAAAUGCCUUCCUCAGAAUUCUUAGCCAUAGUUAUGAGUUACUAGUUAGAAUUAAGGGUUUUUUCUAGGUUUUUAUAAAAAAGGCAGAUUUUCAUAGGCCGUGCAAGUACUGCAUGAGUCCUUUCGUCGGCACAUUCCUGUCACUUCCCUGCCUAAAAGGAGAAAGCCAAAACGCCUCCUGGAGUAGUGUGAUUGAGAAGGCUUAGUACAUGUAUUCAGCGAGGAAAAUGCUGGAAAGCUUGUGAAGGGGAUGAGCAGAAUUGUCUGUUCAGCACCAUCCUGCUUCCCUGUGGAAGAGUAACAACUGCACUAAAGCAGCACAUCAGACUUUCACUCAAAGAUGGAAUAGGAUUUUAAUGAAAAAUGUGUUGGCCUCUUCCUACAGUCAGGGAAAAGAAUCUAUAAUCUGCCAAUAUUUAUUACUCUCUGAACAGCUGAUCCAUGGUUUAAUGCACUACCCUUUCACUGCAGAAAAUCUGGCUUUAGAAUAAUUUUCCAGGUAGCACUGAGGAUAAAACUGUGGUUUUGUCAUGUUCAGUAAUGGAUAGUGGGAUAUGUCUGAGAAAUCCUUCCCUGCCCUUUUCCUCAAUCCCCACCUGUGCUGUGAUUUGUAACAUCUGGCAAUAUCAGCCUGAGAUGGGAGGAACUGCAAAUUGCAGUCAGAGCUGAGACACGUUAAAAGAAUUGCUGGCUGGGGAAGGGUUGCAUGGCUCUGCUUUCCCUAUAGCACUGUCAGUGUUAACUCCAUUUGCAGCCCUUAUUUCUCUGGGGGGAGGAAGAGGACAAAAUCCAGUUCCUCUAAAUUAUACGAAUUAUUGGCAAGCAGAAGUUUUGCUGAACUUUUUACUCCCUUAAAAAAAAAAAAGUUCUCUGUGGCUUCUUGAUUUCACUGAUAAUCCUCUCUGCUAUCAGCAAGCAGCUAAGCAGUUGGCUUGCACAAUUAAUGAAAGCUACACUCAGGUGUAAUUUUGUCUGUUUUCACCAUUACGAGCCGAUGACAUGACAAAACUGCUGUUUCUGUCCAUCUCAUGUCUGUGUAGACAUGAGUGACGGGGCAUUUUGCUCUUUUCCAUCUGGUUUCGUUUCAGCAGUCCUUUUCCCAGACCCCUGGCUUGCUGAGACAGAGCAAGCUGUUGUCCCCAUCUUGUCCCUGUCCCCAGCCUGAGAUCUCUUCCUUUUUCCUGUGCAGUUCCUACUGAAGGGGACUUCUCCUGUCUGACAGCUGGAAAAUGCACCACUAUUCUGUUUUGCCUCCCUCCAGGGCAUACCUUCUUCUAGGGAACACAAAUAUUUGGCAGUAUCUGGUAUAAAACAUUCCCCCUGGUUUUUAUGAGAAAUAACAGAGCAAUUUAAAGAUAUAUUUUUAUGUUAUUUCAGUGAAACAUAAUAUAUUAAUGGGCUGUACAAAGAAGAUUUAUAUUUUAAAACCUUCACACAAAUCUAAUAUCAUUUUAAAUGUCAUUGUCUGAAAUAUAAUAUAAAAAUAAAAUUUUGUUUGUCUUUAAUAUUGCAUUUAUAAGUGGCCCAAUGACAAUUCAGAUAUCUCAUAGAAUAAUCAUUAAUGAGAUAAAGUAUAUUUUGGAUUGACAGUGGAACUGAAUUCUUUUUAUAUGAGUCAACCCAGCAGAAAUAUUAAAAAGAUGGUAUUUGUUCCAUCCAUUAAAUGUCUUUUAAAGUCUUAAUUGAUUAUUUUUCUUGAAACAAUUUGUAUAUAGGUAGGAAAUAUAUACAAUAUAGAGUAAUAGAUGGUCCCCAGACUAAAUACAGGGCUAAAAUUUGUUUGAAGAGCUCCACAGAAAAAUGCAGCAUGAGAGGAUGUGGAACUACCUGGCUGAAAAAACUUUGCCAAAGUUAAGUUGAUGAAGAGUGGGGAAGAGAUUCUGACCCUAACAAAAAGUAAUAUUGGAAUCGAGCAACGUGCUGACCUUUGUAUUUAUUCUAGGGUAGUCUUUUGUUGUAAUAUAUACUUUUGAACAUUUAGUUUUGAAAAUUUUAUAAAACAGUUAAGUUAAAAUCUUAACGGUUUGACCAGUUAAAGAUCUAGCUUUCUUUUUAGUUGAUGUCAAUGAAAGGGUAUUGCCAUUCUCACAGACGUCAGUAAACUCUAAUAUACAAGAAUUUAAGUUUGGGACACGGUGUUCAUGGAAGAAUCUUAUCUCUUGUAGACAUUGCAAUCUCAAACAGCAGGUAACAAGGCUGAGGCCCUUGAGACGGGACAGGACAUGCCAAGGGGAAUGCUCAGUCAGCUGCUAAGAGGGCAGCUGUCUCCUGUAUGGAAUUCUCCAGGAUCACUGGUGUUACCCCUUCCCUAGGGCAGAGAGGUCUUCUUUGAAUCUACCCCAUCUACAUUUACAGCAUUGACACCUUAGGACCAAAGGCUCUUUAAUUAUUUUUUGUCUUUUAGCAUGGGUGAGUAAAAAGGAGUUGCUAUUUUUUUCCUUGGGAGCUUUUCCAUCAGAAAAGAGGAGUGUGGGAGCUGGGUUUGUUGCCCCAGGAGAGACUGGUAGGGCUGGCUGUAAGAUCCCUGAUUUCCACCAGUCCCUGUAGAUGGAUUGCAAACCAAGGCCAUCUCCUGAGUAGCACUCGGUACUUUCAAGAACUCCUGUCUCCUCGAGGCCUUUAGACCAUAGAUUUGAAGCAAAAUGGGGUCUUGGCAGAUCUCAGCAGCAGCAGCUGUACAGGCAGCAUGGUGCAGGGUCAGUGGGUGCUGGUGUGUGAUCUCACCAUCAAAGGAGCAGGGAGGGAGGGGAGAGCACAUCUCACAGCUCAGCUACAGCCAGCUGAGACUGCUGGGGGAAAGCUGCCUCCAGCCCUCUGAGCAGUGAGGGAGUUAGGGAAUGGUCUCUGCCACACUUAGAGUUGCAGUUGCAGCCCCUUGGAACUUUAAGCUGAAUUAACUUUGGCCCCACAUAGCUGGGAAGGGCUGGGGCUGCAGCAGCUGGGUUGUGGAGUGCCUGGUGCCUUGCUCCAGGGGCAUCACCAGCGCCUGGUGGAGCACCCAAACCCGCUGGAUUUGGGGAUUGACUUGGAAUUGCCGUGCAGGUAUGACUUUUCUUUCCAGAGGGAAGUGUCUGGCACUCAGACAUCCAGGUUUUUAGUGUCUCCUCUGCCAAAGCUUGAGGAAAUGUUGGUGGGUAGUGCAUGACCCUAGAAUUAAAGGUGGAGAGCUGGAGGGCCACAUAACUGAUACCACACAGCUGGGCAGCUCAGUUUGAGAAGUUUAUAUGAGAUCAAAAGGGAAUUCAGCCAUAACUUUUACUUUUCGUAGCCAUUUACUCUUAGUGGUGUUUUUAAAUUUUUAAUUUACAAACGUUUUUAAAAGAAAGAAGUGAAUGGUUUAAAUUUUCCCUAUUAAAUGUUGGUGAAAGUAUUACAGCUCUCAUUGACGUCAGUGACAUGAUAUUACCAGUUUGUUCUCUGCCACAUCUUACAGAGGAGUAAACUGGUAAGUAUAUAUUAUAUAUAUAUUUAUAUAUAAUGUAAAUAUGUUGACUUGUUAUGCCUAUAAUAUGUUGAAAUUGGUUUUUAAAAGGUGAUGUAAAUAGUGGUUUCCUUAAUGAAAAUUACAUAUUUUGUAUUGUUCUAAUGCAAAGGAAAAAACCUUUUAAUCUUUUUUGUUAUGUAUAUUCCAUGUAUAAGUGUAAAUAUGAUCACAUAGGUUUAAAAACUUUUGCAUGUAUGUAUACAGUUGCAAGUCUGGAAGAAUGUAUAGAAAAAUUCUUUUAUUUAAAGUUGUGAUUACCUGCUGCAUGAAAAGUGCAUGGGGGACCCUGUGCAUCUGUGCGUUGGCAAAAAAAAAACAAACAAAAACAAUGUCUUAACAAGUCAGGUCAGUUCAAAACACAACAGUAUUCCACUUCUGGACAUGACUUCUGCUGUGGUAUUUUAGCUUUGUGAAAGAUUGUGCUUCAAUUCAAAAGGGUCUGGAAAAAAAAAAAAUGCAAACCUACUUUUAAAACAUGAAGUGCUCAUACAACUAUAAUAAGUCAUGUAAGUUCAGGACUCCAUUUUGCAUAAUUGAAAUAUUGUACCAGGACUAUUCUAUCCCUGUAAAACAAAGGAGUAUUUUCAUUGCCAUCCAUAAGAAUUCGGGAUUUUACCAUAACCAGUUUUAUUGUGAUGUGUCUUCAGUAAUUUAACUGGUCUCAUUUUUUUUAUUAGAAAUUAAUUUCCUCAUGUGAUGUCACAAAACUGUACAUACUGCAGUGUGAAGUUUUUUUAAAUCUUUCAGUGUUUACUUCCUGCAGAAGAUUUGAAUAAAUGAGAAAAAUGCAUUGUCUU